CCGCCGCCGCCGCCGCCGCCGCCCGAGCUCAGUGCGCUUGCACCAUGGCGGAGCUCCACAGCAGCAACGCGGCUAACCCCACCACCAUUAACAUGACAAACAGCGGCGGGGGUACGGGCCACGUGCCCGUGCUCUUUUCGUACUCGGUGUUCUCGCGGCCCUCCAGCGUGCCCCUGGGCUCCGGCUACGAGGUGCUCAUCCAGAAGUUUCUGUCCAUCUACCGUCACCAGAUCGACGUGCACCGCAAGUUCGUCAUCCAGGUGUUCUCGGACGAGUGGGGCCAGUACGUGGACCUGCCCAAGGGCUUCGUGGUGUCGGAGCGCUGCCGUCUGCGCCUCGUACCGCUGCAGAUGGACAUUGCCACCCUGGGAAACCUCUCCCCCGCCACGACGGUCUUCUUCUGCUGCGACAUGCAGGAGCGCUUCCGGCCCGCCAUCAAGUACUUCGGUGACAUCAUAAGUGUGGGACAGAGACUACUCCAAGGCGCCCGCCUUCUGGGCAUCCCGGUGAUCGUCUCAGAGCAGUACCCCAAGGGCCUCGGCAGCACGGUGCAGGAGAUGGACCUGACAGGUGCCAAGCUGGUAUUCCCCAAGACCAAGUUCUCCAUGGUGCUGCCCGAGGUGGAGGCUGCUUUGGCCGAGAUCCCAGGCCUGCGCAGCGUGGUGCUCUUUGGGGUGGAGACCCAUGUUUGCAUCCAGCAGACGGCCCUGGAUUUGAUUGGCAGGGGCUUUGAGGUCUACAUUGUUGCCGAUUCUACUUCUUCCAGGAGCAUGAUGGACAGGAUGUUUGCACUGGAGCGCAUGGCUCGUACCGGAAUCAUAAUCACCACGAGCGAGUCCAUCUUGCUCCAGCUGGUUGCCGACAAGGACCACCCCAAGUUUAAAGAGAUCCAGAACAUCAUCAAGGCGAGCGCCCCGGAGUCCGGCCUGCUGUCCAAGGUCUGAGGAACCCCCUGUCGCACACCAGGGAGAUCCUGGGAGGGAUUCGUCGGCGAUGCAGAGGAAGGAUGCUGACCGAGCACCUGCUUUUGGGAUGACUAUGUGGUUAAAAUGAUAUUCCCCUGUAAAACCUGCCAUGUGAAAUGGUUCAGAAUUCGGUAUUCACUAGUAGUGCCCCCGAUCGGUUGCAGCAGGUCUAGGAGUGAUGUAUGCAGAGCCUGGUUCCUUUGUGACUUUGGUCCACCUUGUUUUCUUAGAAGCCAACAUCAUAUACAAGUCAGUCCUUGCUGUGAAGUGGAGAAUCUGCGAUAGAAAUGAGCUUUUCAGAGUAGAUUCAGGGAACGAGGUAGACUUCCUGUCUUCAGUCCAACUUCUACAGAAUGUUUCACCGUAUUGUUCUUGUUGGCGGAAGCUCUCAUCAUUGAAUGCAUAUAUCAAUACAAAUUCAUGUGUAUCUUUUUAAAUGUUGGUGUGAUUUAUAUUUUAUAUUAAAAUAUGAUUCGUUUGGGGGAGAUUGUUGUCCUUACUACAUCUGAGCACAUUAACACAAAUCUGACUUAAGGCCCACAGUUAUUUUUUUGUACUUAAAGUAACAUGGUGACAGUUCGCGUUUUGAAAAAUUAUGAAUAAUAUUUGUAAAAUGGGCAUUUAGGCUUAGAGCGUUUACUGGUAUAGGUGUUGUGUAUUGUGUAUGGUCUCUUUUAGAUGCUGCUUGUCUAAUGAACGGACAGCCACAAUAUGUGCCGAUCAUCUUCAUUUGGAAUCGUCACUAGUUUUAUAUUUCUUACCUAUGUUAUAACACGUGUCUGGAAAGAAUAUCCUUGCAAAGGAACGUUGCUUCUAACUUUUUCCACGCCAUCCCCAGUGUUCCAACACAAAGAAUAAAUAACGGCUAUAAAAGUUAUUAUAAAUGUCGGCCCACUUAUUUUCCAGUGUCGCACUAACGUGUCGAACUUUCUCCCUUCAAUGUAUGCGCACACGCGCUUUGGACGUGCUGCGAGAUGUGUGUGCACGCCUGACACAUCCGCCCCAGGUCUCCAGGGGCAGAGGGGGUACCAGCGCCACAGGCAUUUACCCAGCUGGUCGUGUUUGAUGUCGUGUCAGAAUACAUCAGUGUCGUGAAACUAGCCUCCAGCCCGGCAUCGCGUGUCCAUGUAUUAAACAAUGUUGAUAUAUUUUUGAAAACGGUGCCUAUUUAUUAAAUGUCCAAACUGAUUGUAAAACAGCUCUUGAAGGUACUACUUAUUGUGGAGUUUUAGACUUGUGUAAGUUUGUAAAUGCGUACAAAAAACAAUGGUUUUUGUAUCG